AUGUAUAAAUUCGGCUUGUCGGAUGUCAGAUUCACCAGACCUGAACAGCAAGAACAGCGAGAAGCUUCUAAACGUAAGAGAACAGAUCGAGAAUUCCCAACUUGCUACAAUGGCCAUGAAGAUGUACCUACUGCUGACUGUGGCGGCGAUGUGCCUGGCUGGGGCCAGCAUGGCGGAUCCAGUACCCGCAGCUGAAGGCCAGAACGAGGCCGGUCACGUGACCACCAUCCAAUCCGAAGCCGUGCACCUUCUGAAGGAAAUGGCCAUCUUCCUUCGCAAGGUCGCCGCGCAGGACCUUGACCUUCCCACCAACGUGAAGAGGGAUGACGACCCUUUCCGCACACAGGGCUGGUAACCUGGGCAACCACGUCAUGAGAUGGCCCCGCCCCUGAGGCGUCGCCAAAUAUAACUACUCAGUGGACACCAUUUAGUUUUACCUAAGAACUCUUACAACAAACGAAAUUAUAAGUAUUAAAAACUUUUACUGGAAACAUUAUGUAUUAAUCUGAUAAUGAAACAACGGUCUGGGCACUAUGUUAAUGUCUGGUAUGCUUGGUAACGUUAUCUCUGAAAGGAUAAUUUGGUUGUGGUACUGUGUAAGUCACACAAUGAUGACAAACCUGUACUGAGUCAGUAAUAAACUAUGACGAACAUACUA